UAACUGGGAUAAUUAAAACGAUAUGCUAUUCUUUUUCUUUUUCUUUUUUAUUUUUCUUAUUUUUAUUUUUUUUAAUGUAAUGGGUUCCAUUCAAAUAAAAGCAAAUUUAAUUGUGCGAACGUGGCUUAACCUGAAUUUAAUAAACGUUAGGUAUUGAUGAAUUGCACAACUCUUGAGUUGCACCUUUUGGGUUGCAAAUUACCCAAACUUUUUGACUCCUUGGAUUAAUUUUCUCAAUCGACCCUAGUAAAUGUACUGAAGAAUUUCACUAUUUCAGCCGCUGUAGAGAGAGGCUUUUGCCAGUGUAUCAGCCGCUCCAUCCUUCUGGCCGCCACCACCUGUGACCAAACCCUACGGGACACAUCCGCCGAUGAUUUCUGCGGUAUCGUAUAUAGGUUACAAUGAUUUUUAACUUGCUCUUAAAUGGUUGAUAUGAAAGUUAUAUGGUCAGUAAUUGGUAUAAUGGUGGUUGAGGAUUGGACCAGUUCUUCAGGAGAAACAAGUGAUUCUGAGGUGUAUGUGCAGGAUACGAAUGAUGAAGAACAUUGCUCUACAUCUGGUGAUAUACCUAGGUUGCAAUUUAGGAAAGAUGUAUCGAAAGCACGGUGGAACAACGAAUUAGGCAUGGCUGAGGUUGUGGAGAAAAAGGGUCGAAUGUGGACAACUACUGGAUUAGUUCGUAGCCGCAGGACCUAUUGCUCAGUUGAAGAGACUUUAUUUUUGGCCGAAAUAGGGGCAUUGCAUCUCUUGCAUGAUGAUGACACAUCCCUUCCCCUAAAAGACAUGUAUAAGAAGGUUGCAGAAGGAAAGAGCGGAUGUUGUUGGGAGUCCUUUGAGGUUUAUAGGCACUUGCAAUCUCUUGGUUAUAUUAUUGGGCGGCAUGGUAUCCCCUGGACUAUGAAAAGUGUUAAGAGUAAAUCUGUUUCUCUUCAGGCCAUGCCAGAAAUUAACGGGAUUAUGGGGAAGGAAUCUGAAGACAAAAAUCUCAUCGUUGAACUGUUUAGUAAUAUGCAGAUUAAUAAAUUCAGAACAGUUUUUGAUAUUUACUCUCCUAACAGUAAGUUUAGAAAGUCUUCUCCGGGCAGUCCAAGUUUUGUGCUUUGCCUAACGAGUUGUCAUCCGCCAUCCAAACCAGAGAUUGAAGACCUUGAGAGACGGUACAGUGACAUUCCUUUGAAGGUCUGUCAUGUUGACCAUGGACGUGUCAAUUUUUUCUCCUUCAACAGAGUGGAGCUUCCUGCUCUUCCUUGACUUGCCUGUGCGGAUGGAGUUCUGCGGGAUGAGAAAAGAAAAGAAAAAAAAAAAAAAUUUAAAUUAAACAUAAUUGGAGCUGCAACUUCAGAAAGCUUGAUGCCUAAAUUUUGGUAUAACUUAUUGAACUUUAGAUUAUACACGAAUCGUAAUGUUAGAUAAAUAGAGAUGAUUGUUCCAGUGUUUGUGCAUGAAGCUAUCUGUCUGCAGGCAUUUUUCUUUUUGUGUUUUUCCUUUUUCCUUUGUUCUUUUGUGCAUAGUUAUUUUCUGUUGGAUGGCGUAUUUUGGUUUUGUGUUCCUUUUGAUUUCUAUUGGGAAAAAUUAAAUAGCAGCUUGCAGGAAGUUGUUGACCCAUGCAGGAACUGGAAGCCUAUUAAUCCAGUUAAUAAAUUUUUCUUUGUCCACAAUUUUCCCUUAAGACAUGGAUGAAUUUUAUCUCCUUGCCUUCUUUAGUAUGUUAUUCAUUCAUAUAUUGAAAGAGAAAAAAUUGGUAAGCUGAAGUUGCAACCAUUUUGUUUUGUUAAUGCGAAAAUGUCUCUAAUUUGCUUCAACUUGUUAGCUUAACCUUGUGCCUGGGUCACAUGGGAAGGUGAGAUUGAUUUACUUCCAUCUUGUGAAGCAACGAUUGAGAGUGAUAUCAAUAUACUUGGAAAUCUCAGGCCAGAUUUGGAUGUAGCAGCAGUAAAGAUCCUUGUUGCCUCAAUGUUUGUGGAUGGCUGCUGCUAUGUUACUACUCUAGAUGGAGUUUUGCUGGGAAGUGCUGACCUUCCCGAACAAUUUUUUCCCUUGUCCCCCAUUAACAAUACUGGGACGCUGGUCCUCCGUAAUCGAUGGAGCUUCUUUUCCUGACAAAAAAAAAAGAAAAAAAAAAGGGUUGGAGAAAUGGACAAUAAUAGAGGCGUUUACUCGGUGCAAUGGUAACUGGUAAGGGCUGUUCUCUAUUAGGACACAGGUUUUGAGUUUAAGAGUAGCCACUUCUGUAAAUGAUGUCAAAGUUUAGGUUUGUGCCGAGAAGAUCACUCCUGGCAGCCUAAUGAUGAUGGACCCGCACAGAGUGGUUUUUUGAGGAACUAUGUACAUGAGAGGUUGAGGAUCUUUUUGUGUGUAAACUCAGUGCUACUUUGAAGUUUUGUGGGCAGGUUGAUUGAUAUUGUUAUGAGUGUUUGUUCAUGUUUCACGGCAAUGUACUUGAA